UGCAGGCAAACCCGAGCCAGGCUAGGCUAUCACGUAAGCGGCUUCAAUGGAGUUGCUCUCGCCCUCAGCAACCGUUAGCACAUCAAAUCAAUUUUCAUUCCAUUCCUGCAAAACUCAUUUCCAAUCCUCCGCCAUUAACAUCAACUUCCGUCGAUCACCAAGCAAGAAGAACAAAUUCUCAAUCUCUUCUUCUUCUUCUUCUUCUUAUCUACACUCCACCGUUCCGCUUCGCUGUUCUGUUAUAGUUAAUUUAGCUUCCACAUCCACGCCUUCUACUUCUUCUGUCUGGUCUCCGAUCAUCGGCGGAAACCGCCAUUGGAGGGUCCUCAUGGAGAGACCUCCAUCAGGGUUCGAUUCAAAGCCAGAAAUCGUUGAUUAUUACGUUAAAGCGUUGGAAAGAGUUUUGGGCAGUGAAAAGGAUGCUCAGAUGUGUAUUUAUGAUGCUUCCUGGGAUACCUACUUUGAGUUUUGCUGUGAUAUUGAUGAACAAACUUCCAUCGAGCUCGCCCGAGUACCAGGGGUAAUAUCUGUUAAGCCAGACCCAAACUUCAGCUCCACAGAGAAGGAUCAUGGUUCAUCAACACCUCAAUUGAAUCCGAAAUCGGACCCUCAAAACGGUGGUAGACUCUUAUUCCCUUCAGGGAAAACGAAGCAUUGGCUUGUUCGAAUCGACAAGCCAGGUAUCGGGGUGGUUACCAAGGCUCAAAUGGUUGAUUAUUAUGUUGAGAUAUUAACUAAAGUUCUGGGGAAUGACAAGGAUGCACAAAUGUGUAUAUAUCAUAUUUCCUGGCAGUCUAACUUCGGCUUUUGUUGUGAAUUGGACGAGGAAUGCGCACAAGAAUUAACCGGUGUUCCUGGUGUUUUAUCUGUUCAGCUGGAUGCAAACUUUGAGGCAGAGAAUAAGGAUUAUGGAGGUACUAUUGCCAAGAAUCCUUUGGAUCUGCCAGAUUCUUCAGAAACAAAUCAAACUACUCCUGUGAAAACAAAGAAACUAUUUAUAACUGGUCUUUCGUUUUACACGUCGGAGAAAACGUUACGUGCUGCAUUUGAAGGCUUCGGUGAGCUUGUCGAAGUUAAAAUAAUAAUGGACAAGAUUUCCAAAAGGUCCAAAGGGUAUGCAUUUAUAGAGUAUACAACAGAGGAAGCUGCUGGUGCUGCACUCAAAGAGAUGAAUGGCAAGAUCAUCAAUGGCUGGAUGAUAGUUGUCGAUGUUGCCAAGCCGAGCCCUCGGAGAUACGGUGGAAACCGCUCUAGACCGUAGGUCGAAAAAGAACACGUAUUUGUGUACUUCAACGUAGAAUUUUGAGUAGUCUAGCAAAAUUUGAGCCUAGAGGGAUAGCUAGCCAUAUUUGAGUACCGAUCUAAGGCGAGGGAAGGACGAACUCGUUGGCCUCGUCUAUGAUCGUUAUGUCUUAAGAUUUAGUUCGUUCGGUUCCACCUCUAUGAUGAGGCAUAUAAACCAAGGAUGUCCGGCUUCUCGUCUCUUCAUCUAGCUUAUGUUCUUUAUUUAGCAUCCAAACCGACUCAAAAUCGAGACUAGGCAGCGGUUAACGGUAGCUUGCUACGGUUUAUGAAAUGACAAUCUAAACGAACGAUCCUCAUGGCACCUUUUGGAUCAUUUAUGGAUAAGAAUUGUGUUUGUAGUCAAA